UUCACGCGGAAAAAUCCGAGGAUAGUGAGCUGCUGGAGAGAGACCAGAGAGGCCUUUCCUUCCUCAGUGGAUGUGGAGGUAAUGGGCUAAUGGCAUGGCCUUCGCUCGCCCCUCCUUGAAAGCCUCUUCUCUUUCACUCUCACUUGUUCUCAUCUUUUUCUUCCUCCUCCUCAACCCACCCUCUCCCUUGUCCUCUACCCGCAGAUCACUUCUCAUCUCCUCUAAUUCCAUAAUCCCCACUUCCUCUUGCUUCCCCGCCAGAUCCCGUUCCAAUGGCCUCAUCGACUACUUCUCCAUCCAUCAUUGCCUUUUCCGCCAAAACUCCUUCCAUUCCAUCCCUUUUCUUUCCCUCCUCCUCCUUUUACAUUUCUAUAUCCUCAUCAAAACCGCCCAAGAUCAUUUCUCCAUCGUCACCACCAAGCUCGCACUUCACCUCAACUUGUCUCCCAGCAUGGCUGCUGUAACCCUCUUAGCUUUGGGUAAUGGUGCGCCCGAUGUUUUCGCUUCUGUCGCUGCUCUUCGCGGGGGCCAGUAUCGAACCGGGUUGGCCGCGAUUCUCUCAGCCGGCACCUUCGUCUCAGCUUUUGUAGUUGGGUUUGUAGCAAUUUACGCCGCACCCUUUUCUGUUGAUCCCGCUCCCUUUGUGAGGGAUGUCUUAUUUUACUUGAUCUCCGUCUUGUUCCUCUUCUAUGCGUAUCUCAGUGCCGAGAUUUCUCUCUGGCAAGCAGCUGGCUUUGUGGGUUUUUAUUUGUUUUUUGUUGGUUUUGUGUUUUACAUGGAUUUGGGAUGGGGAAGUCGUAGGGAGAAGUGUGGGAGUGUGGGGGGUUUUGCUGGCGAUCUAGAGGGACAAAAGGAACCAAUUAUAGCCAGCUGCGACGUCAAAGUAUCAGGAAGUCUACAGGAAAAGAAACGCAGCUCUAGAUUUCGUCGCAGUUUUGAAAUGGUUUCAGUAAUAUGGGAGCGUCCAGUCUCAAUUCUCCUAAAAUUGACAAUACCUCAAUCUGGACCAACAGAAUGGAGCAGAUUUUAUGCAUCAGCUAAUAUUACUCUUUGUCCCCUAGCCAUUUUGUAUGCCUGCAACUCAUUGAUUCCAUUUAGUUAUCCAAUAGUUUUCCUCCUUCCCAACAUUCAUUUCCCCCUUUGGUUGGUGGUGCUCAUGGCAAGCUUCUCUCUUGCACUUCUUCACUUCAUAAUUGAAAAAGAACCCCCAAAAGCUGAGGAAAUUCCUGUAGUGCUCGUAGGAUUUGUGAUGAGUGUGUUUUGGGUAUCUACUGUGGCUGGAGAACUGCUAAACUGCCUCGCAGCAUUAGGUACACUGCUCGAACUGCCACCAGCACUGCUUGGUCUUACAGUGUUGGCAUGGGGAAAUUCAGUGGGGGAUCUUGUUGCUGAUGUUGCAGUUGCUAAAGCUGGCCAUCCAGCGAUGGCAAUGGCUGGGUGCUUUGCUGGACCAAUGUUCAACAUGCUCGUGGGGCUCGGGACUGCGCUGGUGAUGCAGACUGCCAGACUUUAUCCCAGUGCUUAUGUGCUUAAGUUUCACGCGGGUAUUGUCAUAGCAUUUGUAUUCCUGCUUCUGAGCCUCAUGGGGUCUCUUCUGGUGAUCACUUGGUGCAGAUUUCGAGUUCCUAGGUUUUGGGGAUUCUGUCUGGUUGGGCUCUAUAUUGCUUUUACGGCAGUAAGCGUGGUGGUAGCCAUGUUUUGAGGAGGAUCGGUCUUCUGCGAUGGAUUUAAUUUCAUUUUGUAUACUGAUACGUAACCAAUAAGCCAGCCGCCUCUACUUUUGCUGGUGCUGUCGUUUGGCUCUCCACAGAGGGGCAUUGUAAUUGUUGGAGAAAGAACAAUUUAGCACCAGGGCAUAGUAAAAUUGAUGAUAGCCAAUUGGCCAUGUAGAUGAGAUUAUUAUUCCUUCCUUCC